UGAACUUGUUUGAAUGUAGUGAAAGCUGGUGGUAUGAGAAUAACUCAGCAUAAGAAUCCUGAUAAAGAACGUGAAAUUAAGUCUCCAAAGGAUUCUGAUGAUGUCAAACUUUCAACUAGUCCUCCAAAAGCUAUGAUUAUUAGUGGUGCUCAAACAAAAGGUCAUGCUGAUUUUCCUCAAGAGGCUAUACAACAUUAUCAUGAUAAACCAAUUCCAACUCAUGAUACUCGUUCAAUUUAUCAUUCCCGCUCACUUAUAAUUCAACAGCCUAGAAAGUAGUUUGCACACUUUUUGUUGAUCAAAACCUUAUCAAUUUAAAUAUUUUUAAUUUAGUAAUUAUA